AUGGCCGGGCCUGGCGAGUUCGCUGUGGUGGCAGACGGCUACUGGUGCGCCACUUUAGGACCGCUCUUGCUGCUGAAGCCUCCACAGCUGACUCCGUUGCUGCGGCCGAUUCCGCAUGUGGCAGUACGCCCUCUAGGCUUCGCGACAACACUGUGGGGCACGCUGCUUCUGAACGAGCGCGUCAAGGAUCAAGUGGGUCAUCGCAAAGCAGUGGUGUUGGUGUGCGGGGCGAACACGCUGGCUUCAGCCGCGCUGGCAGCGUUGACAUUCCACGCGCCCGCAAGAUCUCUCUUGGGUGCCAUAACGCUGCAAGUAGUGCCUUGCCAAGUGGAUUGCAGCUUGAUGUUCUGGGAUAGGUGA